GGCCUGCUCAGCGACCACGCCCGUGAGAUCUUCAUCAUCGUCAAUCACGUGGUGCUGAGCACCGCCAUCGGUCUGUUCGGGGUCGGCGCCAACGUCAUCAACAUGGCGGUGUUCGUCAGGCAGGGGCUCACCAACUCGAUCAACAUCAGCUUCUUCGCCAUGGCCGUCUCGGAUUUGUGCGCCCUGGUCACGCUCCUGUGGCUGAACAUCUGCCUGAACCCUUACAUCGCCAACGUGGACUCUCCGAUAGUGUUCGUCGAGAUCCAGUACUUGACCGCGGGCUGGCCACACGGGUGCGCGGCCCGCAUCACGAGCUGGAUCACCGCGUACGUCACGGCCGAGAGGUGCUUAUCGAUAGUGCUGCCCCUGAAGGUGAAACAGAUCGUGACGCCACGGCGCACGACCGUCAUCCUCGUCUUGAUCUACGUCAUCAACAUCCUGACGCUCGUGCCGGAGUACUCAACGGUUUACUUCGCGUGGAACUCCUACCCAGGUAAGAACCACACCAUGCUUGGUCUGGCGUUCAGGAGCAACCGCCCCGUCACGGAAGGUUUGGUGUUUACCUUCCACGCAGCGUUCGCCAUCUUAUCUUUCACCGCCAACGUCGUAUUCACGAGCAUCCUCGUCACGAGGCUCAAAACUUCGGCCAAAUGGCGGCGGAAGUCAACUGUUGACAACGAGCAAAGUGAGAUCAAAGCGGCCAGGGACAAGAAGACCAUGACCAUGAUUAUACUCGUGGCUAUAAUCCUGAUAAUCUGCUACACUCCGACCGUCGUGUUUUCUAUAGUCUCUACGAUGGUCCCCGAGUUCGGCGUGGUGGGGCGCCAGUCGAAUAUCUUCCACGCCGCGUGGUCGUUCGCCUUCCUAACCCACUCCAUCAACUCAAGCAUCAAUAUAUUUCUCUACUACAGCAUGAGCUCCAAGUACAAA